AUGAAGGCGCAGCGCCUCCCGGCCGGGACCAUACCCUCUGCCUCCCUGAAGAGGAGUCUCCUGAGGAGGAGGAGGAGGAGGAGGAAGGUGGCUCCAUCUCCCCAGGAUCCUGACGACGACUGUGAGCUGUGCAGAUGCUCCAUGUUCUCUCAGUCUGGAAGCAGUCGCACUGUCCAGCGGAUCCUGACGGCCUGCCUGCUCUCCUCCUUGGCGUUACUCGGCUUCGUCUCCACAGACCUCACCUCCAGCUUCAGUUUGCUGCACAGCACAGAGGAAGCCUAUGACGAGCUGACCUCUUGCAGGACAAGAGCACUUCUUCAUAUUGUCACAAAGCUUCAAAACAUGAGACAUCUGUUUGCCCAAGACAUGACCAAUGAGACGCUGGGCGAAGGUUUGACAUCGUUUGACCUUCUCUGUGAUGAAAUGGCAGCUCAGCGUGACGGCCACGGCCUUGCUUGCAGGCCUGAGUUGACUGGAUCUUGCCAGGAAAUGAGUAAAAGGACGGAAGCGUUUCUCAGUGAUUCAUUUGAUGGAGGCAGUUCAGGAGCAAAGAGAAGCACUGCCUUCACUCUGGCCAUAGAGAGACUCCUUAACGUCUGGGAAACUGUGGAACACUCCGUGGUGACGGUCAAACAGAACUCUAACUGGAGAUAUGUUCUGUCUGCAAGGCUUCUGGUGACGUUCACGGAGCUCAAUCACCAGCUGAUGCUCUUCCACAACACAACAACCAGCCACAGUCUUCAUCGCAGGUGGACCCACACCCUGAGCUACCUGAGCUUCGCCAGAGUCUUGACAGAACAGCUCAAUCAAUGCUGGUUGGAACACAUUGACCUUAGUAGAAACUCAAGCUUGAAUGUGAAAAGUUCUUCUGUCUUUGAUACCAGUCUGUGGCAGAUAUCUGGAUCAACACCUGAGCUUCUGUCUGGGUCUCUCAGAGGAAUUCAGACUCUGAGGAACACUCAGAAGUGCCUGUUUGACCGCGCGGCGUCCAAUCUCAGGUUGACGUCUCGAUCCAUAUCUUCAAGCCUCAGCAUGAGGAUCUGCCUGCUGGCCAUAGCUUGUCUCAUCUACCCUGUAGUGAUGGUCUCCUUCAAGCAGAUGAUAGACUGGAUACAAAACUACGCACAGACUUUGAAAGAGAAGACUGAGGACCUAAAGCACCAGAGGCAGCUGGCUGAAGACCUCCUGCACCAAAUGCUGCCAAAGUCAGUUGCCAGGCAGCUUCGCAGGCAUAAACACGUUGAAGCAGAGAGCUAUGAAAGGGUGACCAUAUUCUUCUCAGACAUUGUAGGUUUCACCUCUAUCUCUGCAUCCUGUACUCCUUUGCAAGUGGUGGAGAUGCUCAACAACCUGUACAUGUGUUUUGACACCCGCAUCGAGUCGUAUGAUGUAUACAAGGUGGAGACAAUUGGGGAUGCCUACAUGGUGGUGAGCGGCCUGCCUGAGAGAAACGGAGACAAACACGCAGAUGAGAUUGCCAAGAUGGCGCUGGAUCUCGUGGCUGCCGUGAGACAGGUCACCAUCCCACACAUGCCCAAGGAGAGGCUCCAGCUCAGAGCUGGCAUCCACACGGGCCCUUGUGUAGCAGGAAUAGUGGGUUACAAGAUGCCAAGAUACUGUCUAUUUGGAGACACCGUCAACACGGCCUCUAGGAUGGAGUCCACCAGCCUGCCUCAGAAAAUCCACACCAGCUCAGAGACGUAUUUGGCUCUGAUCAAAGACAAUGCCUACGAACUGCAGCUGCGUGGUGAGAUUGAGGUCAAGGGUAAAGGCAAAAUGAACACCUAUUGGCUGGUGGGCCAUAAGAACUACAGCGUGCAGAACGACAGCUUGGUGUGUCACUGGAAUCCCAGCAUGGCCAGGAAGAAGAAGCCGGUGGCCGGCAGCCUGGUCUCUGUGGGCAAUAGUCUUGGUGACAACAGCGCCACCCCGCUCUCCCUUUCCCCCUCUGCACUGACUCAGACCCCGCAGCUGGACCGGCCGGCUCUCAGCGUCGCAGCUCAAAUGGAGACGUACGGCGGCAGCUACGGCACACUGGGCUCCAUGACCGGGGGGCUGCAGGGUGGGGAUGAAAGCCCUCUUCCGGGCCAACGUGGAGGCGGACUCAAACCUGACCUGCUGCCUGGCUCCAACCAGCUCAUGUGAAAAACAGGAGACUCCGGAGGAGGUCAGCCGAGGACAGGAUCAACAAGUCAUCUGCUGUAGAUCUGACUUGUACUUAUAUGUGAAGAUAUUUCUAAAUAAAACUUGUUGUUUUAAGUUGUA